CUCGGAGGGGGUAUAUCGCGAUGCCGUGCGAUAAAGACGGCGACACUCAGCGCUAUACACAUUACAAAAAAGAACCUCAAAUGCGUUGCGUUGCGAAAGGAAAUGCCACUGCCAAGGUCUUGAUUCUUGGCAACUCCAUUGCUUAUAAAGCAUACCCAUUGAUUCACAAUAUACUCAAAGGACGCUAUCGCAGCCUCAGGCUUUAUGCAAAAAGCGGAUGCCCAUCUUUAUCGAAUUGGUGCGCAGAUUUCACAAAGGCAACGAGGAAAGUUGUGCAACAUGAAAAGCCAGACAUUAUAAUGUAUAUGCAUCAUAGCACGUACGCUCCUUUUAUCGCUCCUGUUGAAGAUCUUAGCAAAGAUCGAAUAAGCAAGGAGUUUCAAGGGAAUCUUGACUUUAUCAGCAACUAUACGAAACAUAUAAUUAUCGAUAUGAUUUACUACACAUCUCCAUUCAACGUUGGAGCGAAGCUUGCUAGAAGACUGCAACUAGGUCUUUCGCCUGGUGAUGAGUUCAUAGCUACUUGGGAGCAACAUAUCAACAAAACACGAUACCAUCAACUACGGCUGAGUUCACUGAAUUGCAGCAAAUGCAUCACGAACAACAUAAAUGAGGCUCUCUUCAAGAAUGGUCUUUUCCACUUGUAUGAUCCAGAUACGCUACUUGCACGACUUGGAGAUGGCAUUCAUAUGACCCCCGUAGGACUCGAAUUGCUACGACCGUUGUAUACUAAAAUUCUAGAAAACCUACUCCAGAGACUUACUAUUUGAUGUAAAUAAUUUGCGAUAUUAACUCGCCAACUCGAUACUCUGAUUAUUGCAAAACUUGCAUGUUUUUUCAGGGCCUUCUGAAUUUUUGCUUCAAGUUGUAUAAUUUACGUUUUCAGAUAUUGUAGCAUUCAUAAAAUCACGUAAAAAUGCUGAAACUUUUGAGUCAUUAGCGUAAAAAUGACAGAUGAG